GGUGUCUUCAUUGCGGACGCUCUUUCGUUCUUUCUUUUGGGUGGGCAUUUUAAUCAGAGAAGACGAGUCAGAGAGAGGAAAGAGAAUUGCUGCAAAAAGACCAACUUGACCUUCGAUCUUCAUCUUCCUCUCUCCCUCGCUUCUGUUGAUUUAGUUCUCCUUUCUUCUUCAUUGUUGUUAGUUUUUUUGUUCAGACGGUCACCAUGAACGGGAAGGCCAACGUUUCUAAAGAGCUCAACGCAAAGCAUAAAAAGAUAUUGGAAGGACUUCUUAAACUGCCAGAAAAUAGGGAAUGUGCCGAUUGCAAAGCUAAAGGUCCAAGAUGGGCAAGUGUGAACCUAGGCAUCUUUAUCUGCAUGCAGUGUUCAGGAAUACAUCGAAGUCUUGGGGUUCAUAUUUCAAAGGUUCGGUCUGCAACUCUGGACACCUGGCUUCCAGAGCAGGUUGCGUUCAUUCAAUCCAUGGGAAAUGAGAAAGCUAAUUCUUACUGGGAAGCAGAGCUACCCCCAAAUUAUGAUAGAGUUGGAAUCGAGAAUUUUAUUCGUGCAAAGUAUGAAGAGAAGAGAUGGAUUCCGAGGGAUGGAAAACUAAAAUCACCUUCUGGGGAGCAGGAAGACAGGACUUCUUCAAAUUGGCAGAGGCCUGCCGAAAGAAGUGGGCAUGGUUUUACAUCUGCUUCUGAGAACACUUUUCAUGAAAAGAAGAAAAUUCAGGCAACAAAUACAAUUCCUGCAACAAGAAAUAAUGUUCCUGCUCCUCCAAAAGUACCUGAACAGGUAUCUCCUGCGAAACCUCAGCAUGUAGAGAAAGUGGAACCUGUGGGUCCAGAACUGCAAACUGAGUCAACUAAACAGGCUACGGAUGUGGCUCAGAAUACCCCUUCAAAAGUUGACUAUGCGACGGACCUUUUCAACUUGUUAUCCAUGGAUGGCCCAGGUGAAAAUGGCUCAGAGGAAGCUGGUACUACUACUGGCGAUAGUGACUGGGAAGGUUUUCAGUCCGCUGCAGAAGCAUCGACAACUGAGAAGGCUGGUUCCACAAGAGUAGUAGAGAGCACUCCCAAGUCUAAUUCUGGAAUUGAGGAUCUAUUUAAGGAUUCACCUUCAGUGACUCCUUUAGUUCCAGAAAAACCACUGAAAGAUUUGAAAAAUGAUAUCAUGAACCUCUUUGAAAAGUCCAACAUGGUCUCUCCAUUUUCUGCACACCAGCAGCAGCUUGCUAUGCUUGCACAGCGACAGUCCCUUCUAAUGGCUGCUUCAGCCAACUCUGCUGGAGGGAACCCCACGUAUCCUGAUAGUAUACAACAACUUGGACUGAAUGGAUCCAAUAUUCCUGUCCCAAGUUGGCCAGCUGCUGGUUACCCAAUUCCUGGAGCAUUGCCGAUGGCUGGUCAGGGAGAGCUGCAGAAACUUAUGCAGACUAGGAGCACGACUCCAGCACAUCUGCCGUUGAAUUCUGUGCAGUAUCCAAUAUCUAGUUUCUAUACAAUGGGACAGGUUAGACCAGUUAAUGGUGUGACGACGAUGGGAGCGAGUAAAGCUCCGCCAGCAGCUUCAAUGGCGUCAUCAACCUCCUCACAGGCACCUAAGGACUAUGACUUCUCCUCUUUAACGCAAGGGAUGUUUGCCAAACACUGAUUGAUUAGGCUUUUGUUUGACACCGUCAACUUUGUGCCAUAUAUCAAUAUAGAAUUAGUUUAAAUCAAAUGAAAAUGCAGUUCUUUCUUUUCCUCAAGAUUCUGUUGGGUUGGGAGCCAUUUGUGGAAUGCGUUCGCUUCAUAGAGAAUAGUUCAGUUUUUUUCUUUCGUGUUGAGUGGUCGCUUCUUUUGUAGAAUGUGUAUUCACAAUAAUGAAAUUAGUAUAUUGAUUAUUUUGUUCA